AUGGACGCGUGUCACUUAUUGUUGGGCAGACCUUGGGAGUACGAGCGUAAUAUAGAGCAUAACGGGCGGUCAAAUACUUAUAGUUUUCUGUUUGGUGGUGUGAAGAUCACUCUUGUUCCUAGCAAGCCCAAGCAGUUAGCCGCAAAACAGUCGGGUACUUUGUUGACCAUCAGUCAGUUUCAAGAUGAGUUGGAGGAUACGGACAGUGUUUUCGUUUUGAUAGGGAAGGCAGUGCCCGAGGAAGUCGAAAUUCCUGAUGCUAUGGUUCCUUUGCUUGAGGAAUUUUCUGAUGUUUUCCCUGUUGAGUUGCCCGAUGGAUUGCCACCUUUGCGUGACAUCCAACAUCAUAUUGAUUUGGAGCCUGGGUCCCAGUUACCCAACAGACCACAUUACAGGAUGAGCCCUGCUGAGCAUGAAGAGUUGCGAAGACAGGUGGAGGAGUUGAUUUCUAAGGGUCACGUUCGUGAAAGUAUGAGCCCUUGUGCUGUUCCGGCUUUAUUGACUCCAAAAAAAGAUGGCACUUGGCGUAUGUGUGUUGAUAGUCGAGCAAUCAACAAGAUUACUGUGAGGUACAGAUUUCCUAUUCCUCGACUUGAUGAUUUGCUUGAUCAACUUAGUGGUGCUAGUAUUUUUACGAAGUUAGAUUUGAAGAGUGGUUAUUACCAGAUUCGUCUUAGACCGGGUGACGAGUGGAAGACUGCCUUCAAGACUCGUGAAGGAUUGUAUGAGUGGUUGGUGAUGCCAUUUGGUUUAUCAAACGCACCUAGUACUUUUAUGCGUGUGAUGAAUCAGUUGCUUAGGCCUUUUAUUGGGAAGUUCGUGGUUGUGUAUUUUGAUGACAUCCUAAUCUAUAGUGCUUCUUUCAGCGACCAUGUCGUGCAUGUGAGGCAGGUUUUGGCCUUACUUCGCAGGGACCGUUUUUAUGCAGCCACCAAGAAGUGUGUGUUCAUGACCCCUAAAGUGUUAUUCUUGGGGUAUGUUAUUUCUGGUGAUGGGAUACAGGUUGAUGAAUCCAAAGUGGCGGCUGUUCAGAAUUGGCCAACUCCUACAACCAUUACUGAAGUUCGUAGUUUCCAUGGGCUUGCUUCUUUUUACAGAAGGUUUAUUCCACACUUCAGUUCUAUUAUGGCCCCAGUGACAGAUUGUAUGAAGGGGAAGACGUUUGUAUGGACGGAUGAGGCAGAGUUGGCUUUUCAAGUUGUGAAAGAGAAGCUCACUACAGCACCAAUUCUGGUAUUGCCUAAUUUUUCUCAAGUUUUUGAACUUCAUACUGAUGCCUCAAAGGUUGGGAUUGGUGGGGUUCUUAGUCAGGGUGGUCGACCUGUAGCUUAUUUUAGUGAGAAGUUAACUGGGCCUAAGUUGAGGUACAGUACUUAUGACCUGGAGUUUUAUGCAGUGGUCCAAGCUGUAAAGCAUUGGCGUCAUUACUUAUUUCAAAAGGAGUUUGUUUUAUUCACUGAUCAUGAUUCCCUAAGGCAUAUUCGUACUCAAGAUAAGGUAUCUCAUAAGCAUGGGCGAUGGUUGGCCUUUCUUGAGAAGUUUACGUUUGUGGUCAAACACAAGACUGGUGUUUCAAAUAGGGUUGCUGAUGCCUUAAGCAGGAGGAGUAAUCUGCUUGUAUCUAUGAGGGUUGAUGUGCCGGGUUUGGAGGUCAUUCGUGAGCAGUUAGCCAUUGACCCUUAUUUCUCAGUUAUUUUGCAGGAUGUGGAAACUGGGCAAAAGUCAGACUUUCUUUUGCAUGAUGGUUUUCUGUUCAAGGGGAAUCAGCUAUGUAUUCCCGAUUCUAGUCUUCGCUUAAAGAUUAUUAAGGAGUUACAUGGUGAAGGGCAUGUUGGUCGUGAUCGUACUUUACAAUUGGUUCAAGCUUCUUAUUAUUGGCCAACUAUGAGAAAAGAGGUGGAUCGUUAUGUGAAGAGGUGCCGUGUUUGUCAGGUUUCCAAGGGCACGGCUACCAAUGCGGGUCUCUAUAUGCCUUUGCCAAUUCCUUCACAGCCAUGGGUUGAUAUAAGUAUGGAUUUCGUGUUGGGGUUACCUCGUACUCAGAGAGGUAAUGAUUCCAUAUUUGUUGUGGUGGAUCGGUUUUCUAAGAUGGUACAUUUUAUUCCCUGCAAGAAGACGACUGAUGCUGUCAAUGUAGCCCAACUAUUCUUUCGUGAUGUGUACCGUUUGCAUGGGCUACCUUCUUCUAUCGUGUCUGAUCGGGAUACCCGAUUUCUGAGUCAUUUUUGGCGUAGCUUGUGGAAGAUGGUGAAUACUCAGCUUAACUUCAGUAGUGCUUAUCACCCACAAACUGAUGGGCAAACUGAAGUUGUUAAUCGGUCACUUGGGAAUUUGUUGAGGUGUUUGGUUGGUGAUCAUGUGAAGGCAUGGGAUCAAAAGUUGUGCCAAGCUGAGUUUGCUCAUAAUCAUGCUGUCAAUCGUAGCACUGGAUAUAGCCCAUUUCAGAUAGUGUAUUCAUCUCAGCCUCGGGGACCACUUGAUUUGAUGUCCCUUCCUGUUUCUGGAUCUGUUCCAAAGAAAGUUCAGGAUUUUGUAGAGGGUCUACAUGAAGUUCAUAAUGCUGUGUAUGAUCAUUUGACCCGAGCUAAUCUGAAGUAUAAGCAAGCUGCUGAUCAGAAGCGUAGGCAUGUUGAGUUCGAGGAAGGUGACUUUGUUUGGGCUGUCUUGACUAAAGAUCGUUUUACAGUUGGGGAAUACAACAAGUUAUCAGCGAAGAAGAUUGGUCCAGUUGAAAUCGUGGAGAAGAUCAAUCCAAAUGCAUAUCGUCUAAAACUGCCUAGUCACAUUCGUUGUGCUGAUGUGUUUAACGUGAAGCAUCUGUUGCCUUAUUAUGGAGAGUCUUCUGAUGAUGAAACUGUUGUAUUUUGGGCAUUUGAGAAGCAAAACCGUCGGGUGGGCGGUUCAUUUACCCCUGCUGGGGGAAACGUUGGGUCUGGCAGUGGGGCGCCUCGUGGCGGGCCGAGUCAACAGAAGCCGGGGGGUGGCAAUACCGGGCCUACUUCUAAGGGGGCUAGUAGUAGUGGUCCAAGAUGUUUCAAUUGUGGUGAGACGGGCCAUCGUCAGGCGGAGUGCAAAAGGGCUGGCAAAAGGCACUUGUUUGCUGAGUCUGAGGACGAACAAUAUGAAGAGUAUGAAAACAAUCCAGUGUACGAUGAAGAAACCGAGUACGAAGAAGAGGUUGUGACCGGUGAUGUUGGGGUGAAUUUGGUGGUUAGACGUUCUUGCUAUACACCAAAGGCAGAUGGGGAUGACUGGCUGAAACAUAACAUCUUCCACUCAACAUGUACUAUUUUGGGAAAGGUUUGCACGUUCGUCAUCGAUUCCGGAAGUUGUGACAAUCUGAUUUCUGAAGAGGCAGUUCAAAAGUUGGCCUUGAAGACAGAGAGUCACCCGAAACCGUACAAGCUUCAAUGGCUGAAAAAGGGAGGUGAAGUGACGGUAUCUAAAAGGGCACUCGUUUCAAUUUCCAUUGGGUCCACGUACAAGGAUGAUGUCGUGUGUGAUGUGGUCCCUAUGGACGCGUGUCACUUAUUGUUGGGCAGACCUUGGGAGUACGAGCGUAAUAUAGAGCAUAACGGGCGGUCAAAUACUUAUAGUUUUCUGUUUGGUGGUGUGAAGAUCACUCUUGUUCCUAGCAAGCCCAAGCAGUUAGCCGCAAAACAGUCGGGUACUUUGUUGACCAUCAGUCAGUUUCAAGAUGAGUUGGAGGAUACGGACAGUGUUUUCGUUUUGAUAGGGAAGGCAGUGCCCGAGGAAGUCGAAAUUCCUGAUGCUAUGGUUCCUUUGCUUGAGGAAUUUUCUGAUGUUUUCCCUGUUGAGUUGCCCGAUGGAUUGCCACCUUUGCGUGACAUCCAACAUCAUAUUGAUUUGGAGCCUGGGUCCCAGUUACCCAACAGACCACAUUACAGGAUGAGCCCUGCUGAGCAUGAAGAGUUGCGAAGACAGGUGGAGGAGUUGAUUUCUAAGGGUCACGUUCGUGAAAGUAUGAGCCCUUGUGCUGUUCCGGCUUUAUUGACUCCAAAAAAAGAUGGCACUUGGCGUAUGUGUGUUGAUAGUCGAGCAAUCAACAAGAUUACUGUGAGGUACAGAUUUCCUAUUCCUCGACUUGAUGAUUUGCUUGAUCAACUUAGUGGUGCUAGUAUUUUUACGAAGUUAGAUUUGAAGAGUGGUUAUUACCAGAUUCGUCUUAGACCGGGUGACGAGUGGAAGACUGCCUUCAAGACUCGUGAAGGAUUGUAUGAGUGGUUGGUGAUGCCAUUUGGUUUAUCAAACGCACCUAGUACUUUUAUGCGUGUGAUGAAUCAGUUGCUUAGGCCUUUUAUUGGGAAGUUCGUGGUUGUGUAUUUUGAUGACAUCCUAAUCUAUAGUGCUUCUUUCAGCGACCAUGUCGUGCAUGUGAGGCAGGUUUUGGCCUUACUUCGCAGGGACCGUUUUUAUGCAGCCACCAAGAAGUGUGUGUUCAUGACCCCUAAAGUGUUAUUCUUGGGGUAUGUUAUUUCUGGUGAUGGGAUACAGGUUGAUGAAUCCAAAGUGGCGGCUGUUCAGAAUUGGCCAACUCCUACAACCAUUACUGAAGUUCGUAGUUUCCAUGGGCUUGCUUCUUUUUACAGAAGGUUUAUUCCACACUUCAGUUCUAUUAUGGCCCCAGUGACAGAUUGUAUGAAGGGGAAGACGUUUGUAUGGACGGAUGAGGCAGAGUUGGCUUUUCAAGUUGUGAAAGAGAAGCUCACUACAGCACCAAUUCUGGUAUUGCCUAAUUUUUCUCAAGUUUUUGAACUUCAUACUGAUGCCUCAAAGGUUGGGAUUGGUGGGGUUCUUAGUCAGGGUGGUCGACCUGUAGCUUAUUUUAGUGAGAAGUUAACUGGGCCUAAGUUGAGGUACAGUACUUAUGACCUGGAGUUUUAUGCAGUGGUCCAAGCUGUAAAGCAUUGGCGUCAUUACUUAUUUCAAAAGGAGUUUGUUUUAUUCACUGAUCAUGAUUCCCUAAGGCAUAUUCGUACUCAAGAUAAGGUAUCUCAUAAGCAUGGGCGAUGGUUGGCCUUUCUUGAGAAGUUUACGUUUGUGGUCAAACACAAGACUGGUGUUUCAAAUAGGGUUGCUGAUGCCUUAAGCAGGAGGAGUAAUCUGCUUGUAUCUAUGAGGGUUGAUGUGCCGGGUUUGGAGGUCAUUCGUGAGCAGUUAGCCAUUGACCCUUAUUUCUCAGUUAUUUUGCAGGAUGUGGAAACUGGGCAAAAGUCAGACUUUCUUUUGCAUGAUGGUUUUCUGUUCAAGGGGAAUCAGCUAUGUAUUCCCGAUUCUAGUCUUCGCUUAAAGAUUAUUAAGGAGUUACAUGGUGAAGGGCAUGUUGGUCGUGAUCGUACUUUACAAUUGGUUCAAGCUUCUUAUUAUUGGCCAGCUAUGAGAAAAGAGGUGGAUCGUUAUGUGAAGAGGUGCCGUGUUUGUCAGGUUUCCAAGGGCACGGCUACCAAUGCGGGUCUCUAUAUGCCUUUGCCAAUUCCUUCACAGCCAUGGGUUGAUAUAAGUAUGGAUUUCGUGUUGGGGUUACCUCGUACUCAGAGAGGUAAUGAUUCCAUAUUUGUUGUGGUGGAUCGGUUUUCUAAGAUGGUACAUUUUAUUCCCUGCAAGAAGACGACUGAUGCUGUCAAUGUAGCCCAACUAUUCUUUCGUGAUGUGUACCGUUUGCAUGGGCUACCUUCUUCUAUCGUGUCUGAUCGGGAUACCCGAUUUCUGAGUCAUUUUUGGCGUAGCUUGUGGAAGAUGGUGAAUACUCAGCUUAACUUCAGUAGUGCUUAUCACCCACAAACUGAUGGGCAAACUGAAGUUGUUAAUCGGUCACUUGGGAAUUUGUUGAGGUGUUUGGUUGGUGAUCAUGUGAAGGCAUGGGAUCAAAAGUUGUGCCAAGCUGAGUUUGCUCAUAAUCAUGCUGUCAAUCGUAGCACUGGAUAUAGCCCAUUUCGUAAGAGUUCUUGA